GAUUGGCCCGCCGAGCGCCGCGCGCUGAUUGGCCGCGUGGGCGAGGCGGAGGAGAGCCGUGCGCAGCGGCGUGUGUGGGGCCGUGUGCAGACCCGCGUGUGGCGCAGGCAAGGAAGGAGCCUGAAGAUAAACAGCCACUGCCUGGCGAGCCGCCGUCUCGGGGCCUGCGUCUGAGUGUCCGCUGCCGCGGGCUCGCUCCGACGCCUGAGAUCUACCUGCAGCCAUGAGUAGCAAUGAGUGCUUCAAGUGUGGGCGAUCUGGCCACUGGGCCCGGGAAUGCCCCACUGGAGGAGGCCGUGGUCGUGGGAUGAGAAGCCGUGGCAGAGGUGGUUUUACCUCGGAUAGAGGUUUCCAGUUUGUUUCCUCGUCUCUUCCAGACAUCUGUUACCGCUGUGGUGAGUCUGGCCACCUUGCCAAGGAUUGUGAUCUUCAGGAGGAUGCCUGCUAUAACUGCGGUAGAGGUGGCCACAUCGCCAAGGACUGCAAAGAGCCCAAGAGAGAGCGGGAGCAGUGUUGCUACAACUGCGGCAAACCGGGCCACCUGGCCCGUGACUGUGACCACGCUGAUGAGCAGAAGUGCUAUUCGUGUGGAGAAUUUGGACACAUUCAGAAAGAUUGCACCAAGGUGAAGUGCUAUAGGUGUGGUGAAACUGGCCAUGUAGCCAUCAACUGCAGCAAGACCAGUGAAGUCAACUGUUACCGCUGCGGCGAGUCGGGGCACCUUGCACGGGAAUGCACGAUCGAGGCCACGGCCUAAUUAGUUUCCUUUAUCGCCCCUCCUUUUUCUGAUUGAUGGUUGUAUUAUUUUCUCUGAAUCCUCUUCACUGGCCAAAGGUUGGCAGAUAGAGGCUCCUCCCAGGCCAGUGAGCUUUACUUGCCGUGUAAAAGGAGGAAAGGGGUGGAAAAAAAAACGACUUCCUGCAUUUAACUACAAAAAAAGUUUAUGUUUAGUUUGGUAGAGGUGUUAUGUAUAAAGCUUUGUUAAAGAACCCCCUUUCCGCGCCACUGGUGAAUAGGGACUGACGAAUGGGAAGAGUGGAGUCCGACCAGUACGCCCAUGCUGGGCUUCCCAUGUAGGAGGUAAAACCAAUUCUGGAAGUGCUUAUGAACUUCCAUAAAUAACUUUAAUUUUAGCAUAAUGAUGGCCUUGGAUUGUCUGACCUCAGUAGCUAUUUAAUAACAUCAAGUAACAUCUGUAUCAGGCCCUCAUAGAACAUACAGUUGAGUGGGAGUAAACAAAAUAAAGACAAACAUGCGUGUUGGUGGCUGUGUCAGAGAAAUCGAGAUCAAAGCCUAAACCACUUCAUCACAGAGUUGAUGCUGCACAUACAGAUGGUGACGGCACAGGUAUAGAACACAUGUUUGCAAAGACUUCUAAAAUCCAGAAUGAACAUCGAUGCCCAGGGUUGGCAUAACUUGGAUCUAUUCAGGAAUUGCAGAGAAAUGCGUUUUCACAGAAAUCAAGAUGUUAUUUUUGUAUACUAUAUCACUUAGACAACUGUGUUUCAUUUGCUGUAAUCAGUUUUUAAAAGUCAGAUGGAAAAAGCAACUGAAGUCCUAGAAAAUAGAAAUGUAAUUUUAAACUAUUCCAAUAAAGCUGGAGGAGGAAGGGGAGUUUGACUAAAGUUUUUUGUUUCAGUUUCAUUCAUGUAUAUAAUGCAAAAUGCCACAUUAAAGGGGAUUGUGGAGGAUUGCAA